GGUGGUUCUCUUUGUAACUGUUGCUGGUGUACCAACGCAUGGGCAUCACAGCAUUGCAUCUCUGAUAGAUCUGUGAUCAAGACAAGCUUCAAGCAGUGAUUCCAGCUGCCAUGUCUGGCAGCACCGCCAUUGUGCGCAAUGCAGUGGUGACGGCCUUCUCUGCAUUGACUUCUCACAAAUUAGACAUUAGGGCAACAGAACAAUCGAUUCUAUCUUCCUCUUGGACACGGAGGUCCAUCAAUCUUCAGAGCCUCGCUCUAGUCACAGAAAGGACCAAGGGUAUUCGUUGGAUCCAAGCAGUGGCCAUGAAUCAAGAUACAGAGGGCAUGCGCAAUGCAGUUCAGCAACCAAGGCCUCGUGUUCUUGACAGCCAUUUGCACGUGUGGGCAUCUGAAGAAGAAUCAAAAACCUUCCCGUACAACUUGAGUCAGAAGCCGACUAUUCCGGGCAACACAGAUCUUCUUCUCCAGGAGAUGGACGUGGCUGGGGUAGAUGGAGCGCUCAUCGUCCAACCGUUCGAUCACAAGUUCGACCACUCUUACGUCAGCAGUGCCCUCAAGAAGCAUCCGAACAAGUUUGCCGGCUGUCUCUUAGCAGACCCAACCCCGGGUGGCGGGGGCACUCGAGAACUAGAGCGACUCGUUCAAGAGGAUGGCUUCAGCGCAGUUCGUUUCAACCCGUAUCUCUGGCCGGCAGGAGAACAGAUGACGAACGAUAUUGGGCGAGCCAUGUUUGCAAAAGCCGGCCAGCUAGGGGCUCCAGUGGGGUUCAUGUGUUUCAAGGGGUUGCAUCUUCACAUCGACGACAUUGAGGCAUUGUGUAGGGACUUCCCAGAGACGAAAGUUUUGCUGGACCACUUCGCAUUUACCAACCCUCAAAGGUCGGAGCAGGAAACCACGAUGUGGGACCGGCUCUUGACCCUGUCGCAAUAUCCCCAGGUGUAUGUCAAACUGAGCGCCUUCUUCCGCGUUUCCAAAGAGGAGUUCCCGUACCGAGACACGGUCCCCAUGAUCCGCCAGCUGGCGGACGCGUUUGGCGCCAGGCGGCUCUUGUGGGGAAGCGACUUUCCGUACGUGACGCAGCAGUGCGGCUACACAAAGAACUGGCAGAUUCUAGAUGAAACGGACGUGUUGAAUGCGGAAGGGCUAGAGCUGGUAAGAGGCGAAGCGCUCGCAGCGCUCUUUCCAAGCAAAUGGCAACGGUGACGCUUGUUGGCGCUCUGUCCAACGCGCAGUGUUUUGCGGGCGGCUCACCUGCUCGCUCUUGACGAGCCCAACGAGCGGAUAUACCAGGUUGCUUAGUCAAGUAAAUCGAGGAGCAAUCUGGCAAAGACAGACCCAUGUUUGCAGCUUGCGAGGGAUCCAACUAGCACUGAAGCGGAACAUUGCCACAGCUUGCAUGACCACGCCCUGCAGCCGACUACAUGCAUG